GGCGGCGGAAGGGGGCGGGGCCUGCGUGGCGCGCGCCGGCGGCAGCGAUGCUUUUUUACUCCUUCUUCAAGUCCCUGGUGGGGAAGGACGUGGUGGUGGAGCUGAAAAACGACCUCAGCAUCUGUGGGACGCUGCACUCGGUGGAUCAGUACCUGAACAUCAAACUGACCGACAUCAGCGUCACCGACCCCGAGAAGUACCCGCACAUGCUGUCGGUGAAGAACUGUUUCAUCCGAGGAUCGGUGGUUCGCUACGUGCAGCUGCCGGCGGACGAGGUGGACACGCAACUCCUGCAGGACGCGGCGAGAAAAGAGGCGCUGCAGCAAAAACAGUGACCCCAAAAAAUUUGGGGGGACCCCCAAAAUUUGGGGGAACCCCAAAAUAUUCGGGGAACCCCAAAAAAUUCGGGGAACCCCAAAAAAUCCCCGUGAAAAACUCAAAAUCUUCAGGGAAACCCGACAGAAAUUACUAAAAACGCCCCAAAAAUUUAUUCAGGGGGACCCCAAAAUUUGGGGGAUCUCCAAAAUUUGGGGGACCCCAAAAUCCUCGAGGGAAUCCCAAAAUAUUCGGGGAACCCCAAAAAAUUCGGGGAUCCCCUAAAAAAUCCCAGUGAAAAACCCAAAAUCUUCAGGGAAACCCGACCCAAAUUGAUGAAAAAACCCUAAAAUUUAUUAGGGGGGACCCCAAAAUUUGGGGGAU